UCCAAGAAAUUUCCAUUAUUAUGUAAUAUUGUAUGUUACGUCAGUCUUUUUUGAAUAGUGCAACAAACAUAAUGAUACAGUUAAUAAUAGAGCCAGAAAUUUUCGAUUGAUAAUGGCCGAGGUCGCGUAAUUAAUGCUAACACUCAUAACAUAGAAAAGGUGUUGCCUGAUACGAAUGCAUAUGUAAAAACAUUAGAAUUUAAGUAUUCGAGACCUAGCAGAUCUACAGAAGGCGACAGAGAAAAUGCUGCGCAUCAGACCAUCGGAUCAACCACCCAAAGUUUGGCAACUGAUCGAAAAGGUGGAUACGAAUGGCAAGCUGAUGAAGUUCACGAUUCAAGAGAUUCCCGAAGACCGAUACGAGGAUGUGAUUCAACAUAUGUGCACAUACUUCUUAACCUACGAACCGAUUUGCCAGUAUUUAAAUGCAAAAGACGAUUCCUUAUUCAUACAAGACAUAAGCACGAUGUGGCGCUUAUCGCUUGCACAAGGCAUAUCAAUAGCGACAUUUCUUGACAAUUCCACUGGUGGGAAACCCAUACUCGCAGCUAUAAAUAUUCUACGUGUCGAUAAUAAAAAUCAGAAAGAAAAUUCCAGUUACCAGUUUAAGUCAAAGAAAUGCAAAAAGACAUUGGAAACAAUAUCUAAUGCAAAGAAGAAAAUGUACGAACAUUACAAAGUUGAUCAGUGUCUGUAUGCCACUGGACUCAGUGUACAUCCCGAUUAUCGAAGAUACGGUUUAGCCAAGAGUAUGCUGAAAGUCAGGGACCUUAUCGGAUCUAGGUACGGUGUUCCAGUGACAGUCUCGGUGUGCACAUCGAUUAUUUCGCAAAAAAUAGCAGCAGAUACGGGAUUCGAAGAGUAUCUGACAACAAAUUUCUUCGAUUUGGUGGACGAGGACGGAAAGAAGUAUUUCCACGGUAUUAAUUGUAUAGUUAAGAUAAUGGGUAAAAAAUUAUUUUAAUAAUUGACCUGAUGGCAACAAAGGCGAUACAAUAACAACAUAAUUCUCUUGACUUUUUAUUGUAGAGUAAAUAUUAUAAUUUCUUGCUAUACCACGAUCUUUUCAAUAUUCCUUGUAUGUCAUCAUGACGCAUUGGAACGAAUGACAAUAAAGGGUGCCUUCUCGUCGCGUCAAACGUAUGUUAAAUAUAUUAUUAUCGGCUUCUUGUUGAAACGCGGCCAGACGUAACUUCCGUUCCGAUAAACGUGCAUUCGCGACAUUCGGAUGCACUCGGAAUAUAUAGGUGUUACAAAAUUUUAAUGACAUACCUUCCAUGCAUACGCGGCUAAAUGCGGGUUGCACUUUACGUGUCAGAACGUGUACCGUAAUUUGUAGUAAUAUCAUGUAGAUCGCGUGGCCAGAAUUUAAGAUCGCAGACCUUAUGUCAAAGAGAGAAGAAAUCUAGAUUAAAAGUCCUCUAUUUAUAUCAUGCCCUAUGAAAAGAUAAUAAUCCUUCACGCCAUUAUCCAUUUUUUAAAUAUAUUUAAAGUAAUGUAAUUUGUUUAAAAAAAUUAAAGAUAUUUAUUUAUAUCCCUAUGUACUUUAAAAGAACUCAAGUUAUUACCUAGAAUUUCAGUAGAAAAUAAUAUUUAUUGAUUUUUUAAUAAAAAAAUCAAUAAAUAUUAUUAUGCAUAGCACAAUUAUUUUAAAUUAAAACAAAUAAAAAAAACUGGAAGAAAUUUUAAUAGAAAUUCAAUAUAUAAUAUUAAGCUUUCUGUAACGUCUGCACAUAACUUUUCUGACUCAAAUAUUAUUAUAAUGGUUCAGCGAGGAUUUAGCGAGCAUUGACAAGCAUGCGUGUAAUUGUAUCGACGUAUUUGUUGUUCCUGAAUAAAUAUACUUGUUGCGCCAACAAGUGGUUGGAUUUUAUUGAGCUUAUCGUUAUCUCUCUCAACUUCGAUUAGUUUGCUUUAAUUCCAGUCAAUUUCGAUCAGUUGCAAUCAAUUUCCAUGGUUUUAAUUCCACCCAAUAUCGCGAAAUCUCAUUCAGCGUUAAUUAACUUUGCGGAUUAUCGAGGAUUAUUCUUGCAACCUAUUCAAGCCCAGUGUCCUGGAAACAAGCAACUGUUCAGAUGCCCAUAAAAUAUCGUUAUUGCAAUUCAAGUGUAUGUAAUGCAAAUAUGAUUUUCUCAUAAUUUCGAUUAUUGUUAAAAUAAAUAACGUGUACAUUAAAUAGCUACAACAAAACUUUUUGUUCAAAAUAUGUGAAAGAACAUUAUAUACAUGUAAUAUAUUUCUAUAUUAUAAAUAACAAUUUUUUAUUCAUUUUUAAUAUAGCUAAAAUAGUUAUUAUAGAGUAUUAAGGAAAGUAUUAUCAAUUAAAAAAAUAUAGGAUAAUAUUGAAAUAAUAUAUAUUGUUUAAUAUUAAA